UAACAUUUUGAAAAAAACGAAAAAAUUAUUUCGAUUUUUUGAUGCCGCAAAGCAUCGGUAAAAAUCAGUGGCUGACUGCUAACUAAGCCAUCAUCGUCUCAUCAUCUAUAUAAACAAUCCUUUCAUCUUAGCUAUUGUAUGCAAAUAAGUCUGAUGGGAAGCGCCCGAGUGCAUUAGUGUGUGAAAAAUAAUAAAAUCAAGAUUGGUUGCAGCUGCAAGAAUCGAUUGCAAGAAUUAAUGGUUUUUCAAAUUCAUUUGCUCGCCAACAAUUGAAGCAAUAAAACCGCCGUUAGCUAAAGCUUGUUGCUAAAUGUAAUUGUUAUUUGGCAAUGAUUGAGGAAUUCUAGUGAUUACUAAAGGGUCAAGUUCUAUACCUAUAGUUGAAAAAAUAAAACAUUGAAGUGUGAAACUGUUUAUAAGAAUUGAAAUUUUUAAAAGUAAUUAUUAAAAAAAAAAUAUUUUAAAAAAUAUAAAAAAAGUUAAGUGCAAAAGUUCUAUAAAACAUGUGUUUCAGUCAAAAGAAUUUUUACGUAUUAUUUCUUACUGCAGUUUUAACAGUUACAGCUGCUGUGGAUCGGAAUCCGAAAAAGCGACAAAUAUAUCGUGAACAAGUCUUGCCACAUGCGGGUGGCAAAAUUCCCGACACAGCCUUCGAAACCGAUCGGCUAUUUUUGAAUCGACUGCAAUCUAACGGUAUCUCUGUACCAGAUGGAGUAGUGACUGAACAGCGAAAUCCGCAAGUCUAUCAAUACCACGACAAAAGUCCCAGAGUGCUCUUUCAAAUAGCGCUCAGCUCGGAUGGUCGUUACACGCCCGUCGAAGGCAAAUACCAUCACCAGAAUGCACCUGCGAUUGAGACCACCUACCUCUAUCCACAAAUACACGGACACCUAACUGAUGUAACCCCCGCGAAGAGCGCCUAUCCGACAUACCGACAACUGCAGUUACACAAUUCACAACUCAAUCAAGUGAAACUGCAGCCAAAGAAGAAGACACAAUAUCUCGAUAUAACACCGAGUCUGCACAAAGGCCAUGGCAAUGCGUAUCGGACCCAAACAUACCAGAAUUUCAACAUUAUCAACGCGCCAAUAGUGCCCGCAAGCGGAGCAGCGGCAGCGACGGCAACGGUGUCGUCGGGGAGCGCCAACAAAUUUGACUACUUAGUACCGAAUGUGGAUAGCUCAGCACAUCUAUUCAACGAUUUUGAUGAGCUCUUUAACCACUUCAAUUUGCACGAAGACAGUGCGGCCGUUUACAGCGGAGAAAUGAAUGGGCAACGUGUGACAUUGUGCUGCAGCUUAUUGCUUGCAUGCGCUUACCUUGCGGCAUCGAUAGCGGUGGAAGUGCAGACCUUUGGCCACCUUUACCAUCCACCAACCGAAGAGCGUCGCCGAGAAGAAAAACAAGAUCUCUCAAAAAUACCCGGUGUACCGGGCGUUGAUUAUCCGAUUUAUCACAAAGUGCCGCCAACGAAUUUCCAUUGUGCCAAUGUGCCAGCUGUGCCGGGAAUGUAUGCAAAUGUUGAGACCGGCUGUCAGGCCUAUCAUGUUUGUCACGACGGACGCGAGGGCCAUCAAGGCGCAGAAUUUCUCUGCACUAACGGUACUAUUUUCAAUCAAAAGGAGUUUGCAUGCGAUUGGUGGUACAAUGUUAAAUGCGAAGAGGCGGUCAAUUACUAUCACUUGAAUUCAGAUCCAGAACACAAUCCUUACUUCCAAAAGAAAAAGGAACCAGAAGUGGAACAAAAUGAACACGAGGGCUUCUAUAUUCACGCAUAAUUUGUACAAAAAACACUUCAUCUCAUCAAAUUUCAUAAAAUUAUUAUACUUAGUUAUUUUGGUUUCCAUGCUGUCAACUAUUUUCAUUAAAAAUUACUGUUUAUUGGACA